UGGCACCGCACGCAUUUCACAUAUUUUCCAUUUUUAACUCUCAAAACACGAAUUAAAAACACAUCCACGUCUGAUUGGUUUGUUACUUUCCCUCCAAAACAAUCACCAAAACUAUAAAAACACAAAAUCAAAGGCGACCCAUGUCAGGACGCGGAAAAGGAGGAAAAGGCUUAGGCAAAGGAGCAGCAAAAAGACACCGAAGAACAACACCAAAAUCGUUUGAGCUGGGCAAGCCGGCAAUAAAGAGACUCGCAAGAAAGGGAGGAGUUAAGCGCGUGUCUAAGGACUGCUAUUUUGUGAUUGCUACACGCGCAGGAUUCUUCCUGGAGAGUCUGAUCCGGUGUGCGAUUGAGUACUGUGUGGUUGCAAGGAGGAAGACACUCAGUGUGUGCGAUGUUAUGAAUGGUGUAAAGAAAAUGGGUGUUAAGAUGAUGGGUUAUUAAUUAAAGACGGCUAGUUCAUACCUUACAGUGUUGGCGCGCGCUAUUGUUCUUGGUAUGAGCUAUUAUUGCUCGUAAAGGUAGGUCUAUAAGUUUAGUUUGCU